ACAGGCGCAUUGUCUUGCCAUGUCGGGAAUUGAGCACGCGUCGACGCAGAGCAUCCGACCUUACAGGUCGUGUGAGGAGUACCUGUACGCGAUGAAGGAGGACCUGGCCGAGUGGCUGAACGACCUGUACGGCGUGGACGUGACGGUGAGUAACAUGGUGCAGGCGCUGGAGACGGGCGCGCUCCUCUGCACUCACGCCAACAACAUGACGCGCGCCGCCGCCGACUUUCAGCUCAAACACAGCCGCGCGCGCGCGCACCUGCCCGCAUCCGGGGUGACUUUCACGAGCUCGGCUCAACCCGCAACCUUCCUGGCCCGGGAUAACGUGUCCAACUUCAUCCACUGGUGUCGGAAUGAGAUGCACAUCAAAGACGUUCUGAUGUUUGAGACAGACGACCUUGUCCUGCGAAAGAAUGAGAAAAACGUGGUGCUCUGCCUACUCGAGGUGGCUCGACGGGCCUCUCGCUUCGGCAUGGUCGCGCCUGUCCUUAUUCAGCUGGAGGAGGAGAUUGAAGAGGAGAUUCGCGAGGAGACAGUGGAGCCUGCGGUCCAGAGACGCUUGAUAAACACUGAGAACCUGGAUGAGAUGGUUCAAUAUCUGAUAAGUCGCUGCACUUGUCCCAGUCAGUUCCCCAUGGUGAAGAUCUCAGAGGGCAAAUACAGAGUCGGAGACUCUAACACCAUCAUAUUUGUGCGAAUCUUAAGGAAUCAUGUGAUGGUGAGAGUGGGUGGAGGAUGGGACACCCUGGAGCACUAUCUGGACAAACAUGACCCCUGCCGCUGCACAUCUCUCUCCCAUAAACUGGCGCAACGCCCUGCUACUCCAGUCCACGAGAUCAAAGCCAGGCAAUGCGGGCCUGAUGGCCAGGCUACGUCUCAAAUCUCUUUGGUGCUGAGCCGAGCCCAGUCCCCCAUCGACCCUGUAAUCUGGACCCCUUCUUCUCCCACUAGAAUCCAGAGAUCAGAGCCGGGGCUCAGGAAUUGCCCAUCUCCUACUAAACUAAGGGUCCCUUGCCGACAGACCUACUCUGAUACGAAGGAAGUUCUGAAGUCCACUAGCAGAACAGGCAGAGAAGCCAGUAGGGUGUCUCCAUCUGCACGUGUAACCAGCAGUCUUCCACGGCCAACUCGCCCGCCCACCCCACCACAACCAGAAACUCAGCGUCCCAGUACACCCUUGGUCUUGCAGAAGGUCUACAGCCAGACCUUUCCUCCACCCCAGGAAGGGCCAGAUAACAGGCUUGGGCACAAUUGGACUAAAUCGCAGAUUGUAUCAAAGCUGAGACAAAAUGCCACAACUGGGCCAAAGAACAACCAGGAUUUUCAAAGCGUUCCAGAGAAGCCAGGGGUUUCAGUGUCAUCUCGGCCUUUCCAGUGUGUUACACCAGUUCAAGGUCUUGCAAGCAACAACAACAGCCAGCAAGACUCUCAAGACAAUGGGAAUUCCAGAAAAAGACCCGGGUUCAUUCGGACAUUUUCUCCUACAAAAGGGCUAAUGGGUGUCAUAUCAGGGGAUGGACAUAAUAGGCUCCUUGUGUCGAAUGGAAAAGGCCAGUCAUCAGGCAAUUUAUCCCAACCUACCAGACUUCAAGGAAAUGAGAAUAACCGACAAAGAUCUUCUUCACAUGGUGACAGAAAGCACCACUUGGAUAUUCCAAAGCACACUGUACUAAAUUCUGUCAUCAACAUAAGCAAAUCAGACUUCAACAGCACUAUGGGAGAGCCAUCUCACCCUGUUUCUGUUGUGAAUGCAGAAAGAAGCUAUCUCUUCACUCCUCCUCCAAUCAGUCCUGCUCAGGAGGCCAUCCUGUACCAGAGCCUUGAGGAGGAGAUCCUGUUUAAUCUACAGCAGCUUGGCAUGGACUCUGAUGGUGGUGACUCAGAGAGUGAGCAGGACAGUAGUCAGCCUGACACCCCAAUUAAAUCUCCAGAGAUCUCACACGAGAUGAGGAAACCUUCUAUCCACAACACAUCCCCUGGUGCAUCCUAUUCAUCCUCUAGACAAAAUACUGCAAGGGAUGCUAGUUUUGAAGCUGUCCUUGGUGAGCUUUCAAACGGGAGGAGAUCACUUGAGAAAGUAUCUGUUGAAAGUUGGGUGAACAAUUUCUCCAGAGAUCACAGAGGCAAGAAGCACGAAAGUCAGACUAACACAGAUACAAGACACCUGAAUGUUUUCAAACCCUCUAUGGCCAGUUCCUGGUCUUCCCUAGGCUCGAGUAUGGAUUCAAAAGAUUCUGUUGAACCAUCCAAGAAUGCUGAAGCCAACAACUCUGGGACUGGCAAUAAGGAGAAGCCAUGGGCCCCUUCCUCAUAUCAGAAGAGGUCCUUGAAAAAGCCAGAAAGAGUGCCUUCUAUCUAUAAGUUGAAAUUGAGACCUUGUGUCCGCCCCAGACGGGACCACAGACCUGAUAAGACACCUACAAAGAUUCCCAAACCAAUUUGCUAUAGAAGAAGUCCAAGUCCAGGAGACACCACUCAGAACAAUAUGUCAGUGCAAAGCAUUGUUAUAUCUGAUACUCAGAAAGGACUCAAUGUUUCUCGUAGAGCUUCCACCAAAAGACGCUUGAGGAAAACCUCUCAAACUACAUCCAAAUUCAGUGCCACAAAGUGCAGAGGAGGAGACCAGGAGAUGAUGGCUAAUCAGGAGCUUGAAUUCUGGGUUUAAUGUUUUUUUUUUUUUUUUUUUUUUUUAAACUUAUAUUUUUGCUCUCAGUUAUAAUUUGUGCCAUGUUUUGUAUCUCAGACAUUAGUAGGCGUAAAUGCAUUUAGUUAUGGGCUAAGUAACCAGUUCAGUAACCACUUCAUCUUUGUCAGGGUCACAGUGGAUCUAGAGCCUACCCUCUACAUGGGAUGCCAGAACUUGAACUUGAUUGAACUCAAGACUCUAGAGCUGUGAGGCAACAAUACUGAUAGAUUGUUAGACUGAUAGCCCUGAUGGAGUUAUAUUUUUACAUUUGCUUAAUCGACUGAUGCUUUUAUCCAAAAUGACUUACAGCUGAAACAGAAUACAGUUUAGCAGUUUGAGAGUUAAGGGCUUUGCUCAAGGACCCAAACAUGGCAGCUUGGCUAUGCAGGAAUUUGAACACACAACCUUCCAAUCAGUAGCCCAAAGCCUUAACCACUGAUCAACCACUUGCCAAGGGGGAAAUUCAGCGUGGCCAAAUCAUGACGAAAGAGAAUUUUUUUUUUUUUUUUUUUUUAUGAACUACAAAUUUGCUUAGAAUAGUUUCUGGACUGUGCUUAGAUAUACACAUGCUGACAUGCUUUGACUUUAUCAAAUAAGCACUUUUUUCCAGGCAGCUGGGAGGCUUGCGGAAAUAGAAAAAUACACACUGUAUUAUUGUUCACAGUCAGGUGCUUCACAGCUGAGCCUUGUUCUCUCAAAAUACAUAAGAUGAGAAAGCACCUGCAGACAAUAAUCAAAUGUUAAAUUAGUACAAUCUAUAUUAGUCCCAUCUAAUCACCCAUAAGUGAUGUGUAUAUACAGGCUGCUUUUGUUUAUCCAGAAAUGAUUAAGAAUAGGGAGAUAAAGUGCCUAACAUAUUAUUUGAACACUAAAGCAUUCCCACUGAGGUUAUUCUUAGCUGUGUUUUCCCUAUAACAGUUUUGCAAGUCACCUUGCUGCCUUGUUUUUGCCAGUGCAGCCUUUAUAAAUAAACCCUAGUGUAAGUCUGGCGCUAUUUAUAGCCUCCUUGAAACUGCAGUCUAUCACACCAGAGCAGCUGCACCCGGUGCAUCUCUUCUUCCCUCUCUCCUCUCUCAUUCUCUCUCCUCCUUGGAGAGGACCACUUCAGACCUCUCAUGAUUAUCUGUAGGCAUAGAAAUUGGUCUGAUGUGGCUAGAGAAAGCAGGUCAAUAUCAUUCAGCGUUUUUUUUUUUUUUUUUUUUUUUUCCAGAACUAAUAGUCAGCAUUUAGAGCUAAAUAGAUAAAUACAAAUUAAAAUCCUCCUCCAUGUUAUGUUUUUAAAAUAGAAGCCAUUUUCUAAAAUGGAAAAUGUUUAAUUGUUGUGACCACUGUACUAGAAAUAACUCUUUCUGUGGUUACAUUAUAAAAAAAAAAAAGUGAUCUGAUACCAGCAAGACGAUUUAUUAUCAAUUUUAGUGCAACAAGUACAUCCUGACUUUCAGUUGUUUACGGAGCAAUUGUAUUUGAUUUAUGCAAUAUCAGAUACCUUUAUUUUUAUCAAGACUUGUUUCUUCCCAAGAUUUAACAUACAAUUAUAAUUUAUCAGGGGUGAUUUUCUAGAGAUAUUAAGGAUAAUGCAUGAUAAAUUAUUAGGGAUUGUUGAUUAAAAAUAUUUUAAAAUAGAAGACCAGGUUUACAUUUACAAAAAAGGUACUAAAUUAUACCAUUUCUCUACACCUUCUGUAUCUUUAGUAUGUGUAUAUAUAUAUUUUUUUAUCUAGACAGGUGCACAUAGUGUAGUGUACCGUUAAAUCUUUUACUCUAAAAGGUCAUUUUACAGUCCAAUUAUGUACGUUAAAUCUUUUUAAUGGCACAAUAUUAUCCACAUUUCCCAUUGAAAGAUACAUAUUAAAGCUACAAAAGAUAAGGGCACCUCCCCAGUGACAGGGAAAGAUACACUUUAGUACCUUUUUUUUCUUCGAGCAUGGCCCAUAAAUAUUUAUCUUGACAUUUUACCAUAUAUGAGACAAAAUGUACUUACUGUCAGCAGUGUACAGUGAGUCAGUGCUGUGAAAAUAAAUUCAUAUGCAUAUAAACCUUCUUCACUAUUUAAAAAAAGGUUUCUUUAAAUAAAAUCCAUAUUUUUAUUUUUAUUCAAGUUUCAGUUCCUGGGGCACUGUUUUGAACUAGAUACAGAAUUAAAAUUCAGAAUGUUGUAUAAAAGAUUUUUUUUAGGACAUGAGGACUAUCAAAGGUGACGGGGGCGUAAUAGCAAAUUUUAUGGUAGAACAUUUCUUGGCAAUCUUGUGCUGUCCUUCAGGAUGAAAA